GCAAAAGAAAAACUUCCGUGGUCUGCUGCGUUCCCCUCUCUCUCGUCGCUGCCCCGCCCCGUCUCCCCCAAAACUUCUCCCCUGCUUCGCCCAUCUCACCGCGCCAUCUCAGUCUCGUCCAGUUAAGCGCCAAACGGGUUGCCAUUUGAAUUGCCCGCGGCGUCCGCUUGCAGAACCUUCUCGAACCUUCUCGAGGCGCCCCCUGUAUCUUGCUCUAGGGUUUCGGUCCGGAUUCCCCCUCGCGAGGCCAUGGGGGACGCCGUGGCGUCGCCCCCGGUGGCGCCGGUGAAGCGGCGGCGUGGAGAUGGCGCGGGGAUGAGGCGGGUGGCGGAGAUUGUGAUGGUGCUGGCCGCGGCCGGGGAGGCGCGGGGCGGCAGGGAGCCGACGGCGGCGGAGCGGGCGCUCGCGGCGGAGGCGCGGGGCAGGCUGGCCGCCGCCGUCUCCGAGGGCGCGGUGCGGCCCAAGGAUCUGUUUCCCGGCGAAGCGGUGCGCGCCGUCGUCGAGGAUCUCGGGCUCAAUAGGGCCAAGGACCCCGCCGCCAUGGGGUUCCGCCCACCCAAGGCCUCCAUCGCUGACAGGCUCAUGCUUACUAAGCGCAAGAUGGAAGAAGUCAAGGAAUCUCCAGUGCAACCAACUAUUACCCCACUUCAAGUAACUGUCUCGAGUGGAAUGGCUGAAUUUCAAGGUUCAAAUGCGCCUCCCAUGUUCGCUGUUGGGACUGUGAGGAAUCCACCAGCUGUUGCAGCCAUGCCUACUACCGCUCCAGGAACUUCUACCUCCGUAAUGCUCUCGAAACCGCAUGGAUCGUCACCUGUAAAACCAGUUACUAGCCCUUCAGUUGUUGCACUGCCCCAUACUGGUCAACCACAACUUAGGUCGGAGAAAGGUGUUAAUGGCCCUUCGAAUUUAACGCGAGUGACUGCUGGCCAUUUGAACAAAUCGUUUCAGGAUACAUCUGUUAAGUCAAAUCUAACUACUGUAACUAGUACCAAUCAGGUGGUAAGAAAUCCGGACACAAAGGUAGCUGCAAUUCAAACAGUGACAGGAAACCCUCCUAUGGGGCAUCAUGCUACACCAGGAACGCCGUCUGUUACUACAAAGCCUACUCUUGCCAGACACAUUGAAAUAGCAAAGAAUGUUCAACGGUUUCUGCGUCAACCUGCAAAUAAUCCUAGCUGGACUCCACCAUCAACUGAGUACAUGCAUGCUCGUUUGGACUGCCAGAUAUGCAAAGUUGCUAUCAUGGAUGCAAACAGUUUGCUUGUCUGUGAUGCUUGUGAGAGGGGAGCGCACUUGAAAUGCCUUCAGCAUUAUGGUAACAAAGGUGUUCCUAUAGCUGAUUGGCAUUGUCCAACAUGCGUAGCACAGAGUAAAGGUAAAACCCUGCCACCAAAAUACGGCAAGGUCACGAGAACUGUGGUAGCAUCGCAGGCUGGUCCACCUGGUGGUGCAACACAAUUGUCUGUUCAGGGUGCGGCAGGAAAUACGUCGGCAAAUGAAAAUCACCAAAAGGUGGCUGCAAAUGGAAAUCUUAUUAAGUCAAACUCAAUGCAAGCUGGCAGCACUGUUCACAAUAGUACUAUAUUGGCUCUAAAUGCUGCUACUCGUUCACAAUCAAUCUCUGUCUCCAGAUCUCUGAAAGGAAAUGUUAAUAAUUCUGAAACUUCCUCUGAUGAAAAAGAAGGGAAUGUGCAACCAUUUAGUACAGGACAACACAAUGUGAAGGCCCCUUCUGAACCUCAAAGUAGUGAAUUGACUGCCGGCACUAGUUCUGGAUCUCACUCAGGGAAAUCUUCUAAUGAAAAUGUGAGCAGUGGGUUAUCUUUGCACUCUGUGGAUUCAGGGAAAGAUACCAUGCACGAGCAUCAAUCUGCAGUAACUUCCGGGAUAAAUUGUUUGGAUAGUUCCUUUGCUGUUGCUGCUGGUGCAAAUAUCAGGUCUGAAGCCCUUCCGAGCAGGGAUGUGGAGAUGGUUAAUAGUAAUGGGACUCUUGUGAAUCAAAUCAGCAAUAUUGAUACUGAAGAAAAGAUCGGGACUGAAGCAACCUCUGAUGUUGCUACUGAAGAGAAGGUCCAUGCUGAAGCAAUCUCUGAGCCGCAGAGAAUCAAAGAUAUCGAGAUGACUAACAGCACUGAAACACCAAUAUGUCAAAGCAGCAACAUUGCCAUUGAAGAAAAUCACCCCACUGGUACUACGUUAGAGCCACACACAAUCGAAGAUAUGGAAACGACUGUCAACACUGCAAAAGCAAUGGAUGAAACAAACAAUGUUUCUACUGAAGAAGAGGCCCGGUCUGCACCAGCUUCUGCAGUCAAAGAUGUGGAGAUGGCUACCAAUGUUGGAACAGCAACAAAUCAAACGCAGCUAGCAAAUGAAUCAACUGAAAAUGGAGGAAGAGAAUCUCCCAGCGGAGCGACACUCGUAGGGAAGUCUGAUGUUAAUGCAACACCAGAUCAUCAUAGCACCCAUCAGGUACUUCCAAAUGGAGUGCUACAUAUUACUGGUGAAGUUCUGUGCGGUCAGGAGGGUGAAUCUGUGGAUUGCAGUGCAGCACCAAGAGAAGAAACCAGCUAGAUUCAGAUAUUAGGUUGCAUCCAACUUGUGUUUGCAGAUGAGAAGUAUGAAGGAUCUACCAGUAGUUCUGCUAGCAUCAGUGAUUAAUAGCCAUCCUCUCUACAUUCUUUUGGAUCGCUUAUUAUAGAUUUAGUAGUCAUGGACAGCCAUUUUCCUCCAGGUUUUUACUAUGCCCCUACCAAAAUGAAACCCGCCUGCCAGACUGUCAGUUCACUCAUUUUAUCAGUACCACCUAGCUUAUUUUUCUUCAUAUCCAGGCGUCCGCUGCCUCUUGCUUGAGGCUGUUGUACUUUAUGUAGUUUAUUUAAGUUACCCGCUUCAAGCCAGUCGAUUCUUUUUCUUGUUUCUGGUGCUGUAAUUAGAUAGGCUUUUGCAGUGAGGACUGCAUUACCUAUGUCUUGAUAAUGAUAUUUGUACCAUGUGCCCAGGGGUACCCUAAAA